AUGGGAGAAACACAUAUGAACUUUCUUAGUGAUGAUAACCACAAAUCAAAACUUAUAACUAUUAACAAGAAAAAUGAGAGUGACAGUAGCACUGAUAAAACUACCUGUAUUCGUGAAGAAUAUCAGUAUUCAUUAUUCAUUUGGAGAAGUAUUACAAACCAUCUGGCGCCAAAACUGAAAUUUGCCCCUUACCAAUACAAAUAUGUAUGA